AUGUGGGCUUUAUUUUCUAAAAACGCUACUGACUGCAAAAUUAUACAAGAUGAGGAAUCCUCAGAAAAAAUUUGCAGCUCUUUGCAGGAUACAAGAAAAUCUACCACAAUAAACAAAACUGAGGAGUUGAGUGAUGGUGUGGCCAGUUUUUUGGGAAGCCCAAUCAUUGAUCAGUCAUUGGUUGAUCUUGCAUUGAAAAUUCCGAAAUGUUUAUCUGUUUCCCGGGUUCUUGUUUUAUACACCGGUGGUACUAUUGGAAUGAAAUGUGUAAAUGGUUCUUAUUGUUCUGUGGAAAACUUUUUUCUUUCUACCCUAUACAAGAUGCCUACAUUUUGUGAUUCGGAAUUUCAGGUUCAUAUAAACCAAUUUAACAUUGAACACCUACAUCACAGACUAUCAAAAACUAACGUUUCACCUCAUACACGUAGUACUCAUUCAAAAUUUUCAAAACGUGAAUCCAGUUUAACUGAAUCAGACCAUAUACAAACUUAUGCUUUACCUAUUGAUAAAACUGGACAUCGUAUUUUAUAUACAGUUGUAGAAUAUUGGCCAUUAUUAGAUUCAUCUGAUUUGAGUAUGAAUGAAUGGAAGCGUAUAGCACAAGAUAUUUACGCAUUUUAUAAUGAAUUCGAUGGAUUUGUUGUAUUACAUGGGACAGAUACACUUGCUUAUACAGCAUCAGCUUUAUCAUUUAUGUUAGAGAAUUUAGAUAAACCAGUUGUUUUAACUGGAGCACAAUUACCGGUAUUCGAAUUUCGUAGUGAUGGAUGGAAUAAUUUUCUUGGUGCAUUAAUGAUCGCUGGUGGAAAUUAUGCAAUUUGUGAAGUCACAGUGUUAUUUCAUGAUAAAUUAUUUCGUGGCUCUAGAAUAGUAAAAUGUUCAAGUAAUAAUUUUGAUGCAUUUGUGUCACCAAAUUAUCCACCGAUUGCUGAAUUAGGAACUGAAAUAACCGUUAAUUAUGAUUUAAUUUUUCGAAAACCUGGAUUACAUAAACCAUUUUGUAUUCAUACAAAUUUAUGUCAAGAUGUUGCAAUACUAAAUAUAUUUCCAUUAAUAUCUAAAGAACAUAUUAUUUCAAUGUUAUCACCUCCUAUUAAAGGAGUUGUUCUUCGGACAUAUGGAGCUGGUAAUAUUCCAUCUUCCCGUCAGGACCUACUGGAUGCACUAAAAGAAGCUUCUGAUCGUGGUAUACUUAUGGUGAAUGUCACACAAUGUUGGCGUGGUGGCGUUAAAGCAGUUUAUUCAACUGGGAUGGUUCUCAAUGAAUAUGGUGUAACUCCAGGAUAUGAUAUGACAACUGAAGCAGCACUUAUCAAAUUGGCCUAUAUAUUGAGUAAAACAGAAAAUAAAGAUUAUUCCUGUAAACGUGCAAUGUUAUUAAAUAGUUUGAGAGGUGAAGUGACAGUUGAAGGAGAAGACUCUAGAGCAGCUAAUUUAUCACUAUAUAACAUAAAUUGUUUAAAUCAAGAUAGAAAUCUUAUGAUAUAUUUCGCCAAAUUAUUCUCAACAGCUUCGUUAGAUGAUUCUGAAGGUAUUGGUUCAAUGUGGGUUCAGCGUAUAGUACCGACACUUGCGUGUUGUGCAGCUGCAUCAAAUAAUUUGUCAUGUUUAAAAGAAAUGUAUCAUAUAAUUGGACAUUUACAGUUAUUUGACACUGAAGGAUGCACACCACUGCAUAAAUCAGCUUUAUAUGGUCAUAUUUCAGCGACAAAAUAUUUAUUAGAAUGUGGUGUAUCAGUUCAUAUUGCAGAUAAAAGUGGAUAUACCCCACUUCUUUGUGCUUUAAAUAGUCUAAUGCUAUCUUCUGGAUUAGUACAGUUACUAUUAGAUGUUGGUGCUGUAUUAAAUUCUGAGAGUCAACUUGUCACUAAAUUGGUUCAUCAAGCAGUUUCAGAUGGUGAUAUUCAAAGGUUACGCUUAUAUCAAUUAUGUGGAUAUUCAUUUUAUAUGAACACAUUAACAAAACAGUACGUUAUCGGAAUAGCGGGGGCAUCGAAUUCUGGAAAAACAACGAUGACUGGAAAACUUACUGAAUAUCUACAAUCUAUUGGCUACAAUGUUACAUGUUUACAAAUGGAUGAUUAUUACUGGCCUCAUAACGAUAAACGUCAUAUACGAGACCCUAUUACAAAUGAACCAAAUUUCGACUGUGAAUCAGCAAUUAACUGGGAAGGCAUAAUUACUUUUAUUAAAUUAUGGUCUGAAGCAAAGGUGUUGGAAGAAAAAAUCAGAAUACUUUUAAUUGAAGGAAUACUGAUAAUGAAUAAAAUAGAACUUCGGAAUAUGAUGGAUUUGCGAAUAUUUCUGAAGAUAACUUAUGAAAAUAUGUUGCAGAGACGAAAGCUAAGAAAAUAUAAUACACCGGACCCACCAAAUUAUUUUGCUAAAUAUGUUUGGCCAACAUAUCUAAGAACGCUAGACAUCUUGGAGUAUUCAAAAGACUCUAUAUAUUAUUUUGAUAGCAAUAAUGGGGUUGAGACCCUAUUUAAAGAGAUUUGUCAAUGUAUCAAUGAAAAAAUAGAUAUAGCGAACGAAAAAGACAAACAUUUCGAUGAAUUCCCAGAAUAA